AUGACGACUAACUAUUUGGUGCCAAACACUAAACCGAUUAAUGGAAAUGUGUUUCAUUCAUUCGAAAAGAUAAAUGAAAUAUUCGCGAAGAAUGAUGGUAGAAGAUAUUAUAGAGAACUUGAAAGUUCAUGCUAUGACUCUGAUACUCCAUAUUUUGAUGAUAAACAAACUCAUUUAAGAAUUACAAAUCCAGCUCAUGAUGUGAACCAAUUAGGUGACACAUAUAUUAAACGCAAAGUUAAAGCAACUCUAGUUUCAAAUAAAGCUUUCACAUGUGAUGCCGCUUUUAAAUGUAUGCGUUUAUUCGUUGGUUACAAAUCAUCAAAUCAAAGCUUUAAACAAUUAGAAGUAGAAACCGAAAGAGGUGAUGCCGGUUAUCUUCAGAUGGAUUGCGCCCGCGAAUCUUUCGCAUUUGCAACAUAA